AUUUGACAAAUCUUUCAGCAUCCAAUUCCUUUUCUCGUUUUUGCCCUUUAGUAGAGUAUAUGUCUGAGAGCUUGGUUUGACUUUCCUUAAACGGUGGAUUCUCAAAAAGGGCCUUUAGCACUAGAGAGAGAGAAAGCAGAUCAGAGCAUCGGCAUCAUGGAUAUACCUGUCGAGAUCCAAAAUUUCAUCCGGGUAUGGUUUGCAGCUAUUGGAGCUUUAUGCUUUUGUUACUACUUCCUAACCCGUAUUCCUAGCGGCAUCUUUAGGCUUUUUUUUGUUCUUCCAAUCGUCUAUUUCUUCCUUAUUCUCCCUCUCGACCUCUCUUCCUUCCAUCUUGGUGCUCCCACAAUUUUCUACCUCGUUUGGCUCGCCAAUUUUAAGCUCCUACUUUUUUGUUUCGAUCAAGGACCUUUAUCCUCUUACUCUUCUCUCCCUCUUCUUCAUUUCCUCUCCAUCGCCCUUCUCCCCGUCAGAGCCAAACACGUCACUAGAGUAGACGACAACAACAGACGAGAUAGAGAAGUUGUUUCUGAUAAACACGUCAUUAGAGACAACAACAACAAACCCAUUGUAAUCCCACAAGUGAAAUCUGAACCUAUCGUGACAGGUACAAAGAUUGUUUCUGAUAGACCAUUGGUUCAAGAAAAAGCAUUUAAAAGAAAAUACAUAUCGGAAGGUAAAGAGUUUGUUUCUAAUAAAGACGCCACUAGAGAUGGAUCCAAAAUUUCAACUCAUUCGUGUUUGAUAUGGGUCAAAUUAAUCCUUUUGGGAGCUAUUAUAUGGGCCUACAAUUACAGGGAGCUUUUACACUCAAAUGUGAUUUUGGUUCUUUAUUGCCUCCAUGUUUACUUAGCAGUAGAAUUGAUCCUUGGCCUCACAGUUGUUCCAGCAAGAGCUCUACUAGGACUAGAAAUUGAGACCCAAUUCAACGACCCAUAUCUCGCCACGUCACUUCAGGACUUUUGGGGCCGUAGAUGGAACUUAAUGGUACCGGGUAUUUUACGCCCGUCGGUUUAUUUUCCGGUUCGGGCUAUUUCAACCCGUGUUUUAGGGAAGGAAUUGGCGAAAUUGCCGGCUAUUUUUGCAACAUUUUUGGUGUCUGGCUUAAUGCAUGAGUUAAUUUAUUAUUACCUCUCUCGUGCGAGACCUACUUGGGAAGUGACAUGGUUCUUUGUGUUACAUGGGAUUUGUGUGUGUGUUGAGGUUACAUUGAAGAAAGUUUUGGGUGGUGGAUGGCAGAUUAAUAGAGUGGUUUCUGGAGUUUUAACGUUGGGGUUUGUUGCUUGGACUGGUGAUUGGCUAUUUUUCCCACAGAUUAUUAGGAAUGGGUUAGACCAAAAAGCCAUUAAUGAGUAUUAUGUUUUGGUAGGUUUUUUCAAAGAUAGGUUGCUGCCAGUUUUGGGAUUUUAGAUUUUGUUGUUUUUUGUGUACCCAUAUUGGGAUGGAGUUGGCUCCAUUUUGAAAAGAAACAGUGUACACUGUUGUAUUUUAGUUCUUUCUAUAUUUCAUUUUAUUUGGCAUUA